GGAGAACCUUUCAUCCUAAAAUCACUCGGUUCCUUAUUCCAAGUGAGCUAUGUACCAAUCUCAUUAGCCACAAUGAGCGUGUCGAAGGAGACAGUGGACAAGAUCCAGCGUUUCUCUCAGAGACGACAGAAGGCCGAAGCAGCAUACGAGCAACGACCACUCAGUCAUGAAGCCCUUCACACUUAUAAUAGGAGAUUGGAUGAGACAUUGAAACUUCUGCAAGGCCGGCUGAAGCGUCAGGAAGAUGAACUGAACAAACUGCGCACAACAAAAUCGAUUGAUCUGCCAGAUGUCAGUACAGAUCCUUGGGCUAGACUCUCCCAAGUUAGGCGAGCCAAGAAGGGUUAUGAUUCUCUCUUGAAACAAGAGACUUUGCUUCCAGCCCCGACAUCUCCAUUACCAUCACUUAUUGCCAUUGAGGAGACCGGCCGGCUUAUCAAGGAAAGCAAGACGUCAAUCUCAAUGACAGCAAAUAGUCUUUCAGUUGACCGUCAACGUCUACAGGCUGAAGAGGCAAAUCUUCGCGAUGCUCGGCUUAUUACGAGCGGACUCGAAGAGCGGAUCAGUAGAAUCCGGACGGAGAAGUCGAAUAAAGAACGAAAGACCCCUUCCCAGCUCGCUAAUGAGCUAGUAGGGCAACGUAAAGGGAAAAACGAAGAGCUCAAGAAGUCUACAGAAGAUAUGAAAUCUUCGCUUGACAAAUUUAUCGACGAUAAGCUUGCGGCAAUGCUUGCGGCAGAGGACAUUGGGGGUCCCACAGCUGGCGACGCACUAGAUCUUACUGAUGCCGUACUGGAGGCAGGGUAUACAAACCGUGGAAGACCAAAGAAGCAAAAAUCCGCGACGCUAGAUGAUCAAGAUGGACAGCAGCGUAUUGAUGAGCUUGUUUACCGCCAGAGAGGUCAGGACAAUCAAACACGACAGAGAAAUAAGAGGGAGAAAGCGGCGGCCGAAAUGCACGCACUUCUCGAUGCCUUAUUAGAAGCUGGACCCGUUUAUAUAGAUGUUCCUCGGGAUUCUGCCGUUUCGAGAUUUCUGGUGAAGGCGAAAGUUGCACAAUUUCAUCCUCGGGACGCGAGGCGGCUAAGGCUGAUUGACUUCGGGCGUUCUAUUGAUGAUUGAAUGAUUUACUAUGUGGCAAUGAAGAUAGACAUACUCUUGCAAUAUCAUUCGGCUUAUCUCUUAGUACUUGCUGG